UGCGAGUGGAUUACACCGAUUACACAUGGAUUCCACACACAUGUUUUGCAGCUGAUUUAAAGCCUGCUUGUUAAAGUGUUAAAUGGUCAAAACAUUAUAUCCGUAUUGCAUUUCUGAUGACAGAAGAGGUGACAAGACACCAAACACUCAUUGGUAACGGAGAGGUUGCACACGGCAGCAUUUCUGCGGAGCUUUUGGAUGGGAAGCCCGUCGAGCCAGAUCAAAGUGACUGCUGUGGCAAUGGGUGUUCUCUGUGCGUGUUCGAUAUCUACGAACAGGAACUUAAAAUAUGGAAGAAGGAAUGCAUGGACUACGUGCACGGCGUGUCAUUGUCGGAGGUCUGUGCACUGACUUGCACAAAUUCAAACGUCUUACCCCCUACUUCCUUCUUGCAGGAAGACGUGAUCAGCAAAUAUACUUAUCGAAACUUUACGAUAAGCAAUAUUAAAAAAGUAACAGACGACACCUUCGUGUAUCGAUUUACCGUGCCAAAUCAUGGUCCUCUCCCCUUAGACACAGCUCAACAUUUGGUUCUUCGGGCUUCUUACAAUGGACGGGUGAUCACACGUCAGUACACAGUAAUCAGUCAUAGGGAAUGCAGUGGACACUUCGACAUUCUCAUUAAAAUCUAUCCUCAAGGGAAAAUGUCCAGAUACGUAGCAAGCUUACGCGAAGGAGACUUGGUUGAGCUUAGAGGCCCGUUUGGAGAAUUUACUUACAAACCAAAUCAGUUCAAAAGCCUCCUGUUGCUUGCAGCAGGGACUGGAGUCGCACCAAUGAUACAAGUCAUCCGAGCUAUUGUCUCUAACGAAGAUGAUGAGACUAUCGUGCGACUACUUUACGGCACACAAACGUAUAGUUCCAUAUACUUAAGAGAAGAGAUAAACAAAUUGAAGAGUUACUGGAAUAUUUCUGUGUUGUAUUGCUUCAGCCAGGAAGGUAAAGAAUUCAAGCCUGGUUACGGAGAAGAAGUUCACUUUGGGCAAAUAGAUGAACGCCUGCUGAAUGAAGAGCUGAAGAAGUUCCGUCAAACCCCACACGUUCUCAUCUGCGGUCCAAAUAGCUUCAAUGCGCGCUUUCUGGCUUUUCUAAAAGAGACCUCGCCCAAAACGACAUGGUUCGUAUUUUAGUGAGACACUCACUGCUGCACCAAACCAAUACUGUUAGACAUAUUUAUUACCACCACCAGAAGAUGCCCACUUGUUAAGAGAUCACAGAUCUUUUAACCGACACACUCCCUUGACGUGCUUGCGCAAGUUAUCCGCGCGGGAGAAUGUCUUGCCGCAGCGCGGGCACUCGUGUUUCUUCUCCGCACUGUGCGUCAGUUCGUGUCUCCGCCGAUCCUUCGGAGAGUAGAACGCUCGACCACACUUGGCGCACUCGUGUUUCCGCUCCGCCUUUCCGUGGCAGGUCUUCCGGUGGGCAGAAAGACCCCUUUCGCUCUUGAAUUCUUUGGGGCAUUCACUGAAAGGUGAUAGCAUUAUUGUAAAAAUGAGAACAGCGAUUUCUAGUAUUCGAACCUAGAGAGUCUGGGUCAAUUUGGUGUGAAUACUUACAUUUCUAGAACAACCUUUACAUAAAUAAAUAUACAAACCCCUCAA